UGUGGUCAAAGUAUAUUUUGACAAUUGACAUUGACACUUCAUCUUUUACAUAACAUCUUUGCUUGAAAGUGCUUUUGGAAUAAUUCCUAAUUUUAUAUUUUGCCUUUAAAAUGCAGACUUCCAGAGCAGUUUUACGUUUAUUUACUAAUCCACGAAGUUUCGGAGUACGACAUGCUUCGCAUGCCCCAGCUCAUCCCAGAAGUACAUACAACGACCUACCAUCCCCUUCAGGCAAUUGGAAAACUCACAAUGAAGCACAACAGCGUAAAUACAAUAUUCAGUUAGCUGUGGGACUUAGUGUCUUUAUUGGAACCCUGAUCUUUGGCAAAUCCGUUGGAUACUUUGAGUUUUAUAAUGACUAUCCCGAAAAACCAGCAGUUAUUGAAAAUUACAAAGUUUAAUAUGUACCUAUUUAGCUACUGUUUAGUAAAAAGCUAGUAUUACGAUUAGUUUUUGUUGUCAGUCACUAUUUUUUUAAGUACAGUACUAUGUGUAUUAUUGUUCAAGGCAUCUUUUAAUAAAAAAAUCAAUUAUAUUCACGGUACGAUUCAGUAGUUUAGACAUUUAACAAAAUAGUAAUCAAAUAAUAAACAAACUUUACAGUUUUA